CAUCUCAGACUCUCAUCACGCGGCUAUUCAUCCGGAUCGAUAUUCCUAGUGAAUUUCUUUAGGGUAUUCGAGCCGACAUCAGACCAGCGACCGGUUCGAAUGGGCGAUAAAUUACCCGAGUUACACCAUGCCGACGCAGACGGAACAGGCCCUGUUCGGAGACGGAGACCGGCACUUUCUUGCGUAGAGUGCAGGAAGCGCAAAGUCAAAUGUGACCGUGCAAGACCUUGUGGCCCUUGUACGCGGAUUCAAUCGCCGACAUGCACAUACAGACCGCAUCCGUGGAACAAUGAACGUGAAUCACCGACAAGAAGACCGAGGCCGGUAGCAGCGACCUCAAGCGAGGCAUCUGCACGCAAUGACCCAAACUCGCCUGUGUCUGGACUGAGCAAUGACAGUCAGAUUGACUUAGAAAAGAAAGACGAAACAAUCCAGCAGCUCGUUGAUCGUGUGCGUCAACUGGAAUCAACAUUAGGGUCUUCGUCGAAUCCUCUACCGUUGGAGCCUGACUCUCGAGUCGACCCUAACAUCCACCAGUCCACUGCUGGUCACUUUGUGAAGUCCAAAUUCUACGGGGAGAGUCAUUGGAUCAACGUGCUGGAACCUUACGACGCACUUGGCAACUCUAAUGUCACUGUCAACACGAGCACCAACAGGACGGAAGUGAACAAAGAUUCCGAAUUAUACGUCACCAUUGCGGAGUGCAAGCGCAUAGCACGUGCGAUAAAAGCUUCCCGGAUCAUGCAACCUUCCAUACUGGCCGAUGUUCAAGCGUAUAUUCCAUCCCGGCACAUCUGUGAUCAGCUCGUCCAGGGCUAUUUUCGGACUUUCGAGGGAGUUUUUAGGAUUUUGCACGUCCCUUCCUUUAUGAAGGAGUAUCAAACGUUCUGGACAGAUCCUGCUGCUGCUGCACCUUCGGUACUACUGAAGAUACUUCUCGUGUGUGCUAUUGGUGUAGUGUUCUACAAUGGGCCAGAACAACCACGGCUACGGGCUGAUUGCACCAAGUGGCUCCAAGCUGCAGAGUCUUGGCUUAGUGCUCCUCACGCAAAAUCACGAUUCAACAUGGCGGGCACUCAGAUCAACAUAUUGAUACUGCUUGCUAGGGAAGUUUGCGCAGUUGAUGGGGAUCUAGUUUGGGUGCCUGGGGGACGAUUACUUCGAGGUGCCAUGCAUCUAGGCCUUCAUCGUGACCCAAGUCACAUCGGGAAGAUGUCGGUAUUUCAUGCCGAGAUGCGUCGCCGUCUUUGGGCUACUAUAUUGGAGAUGACGGUACAGAGUUCCUUGGACAUGGGUAUGCCACCGAUGAUAUCACCAGAUGACUACGAUACGCUUCCACCCAGCAACGUCAAUGACGAAGAGCUUACGGAGGUUGGAACGGUUCCUCUUCAGCCGAAGCCACUCAAAGAGUUCACGCAAUGCUCGAUGCAGAUUGCAUUUUACGAGACUUUGCCCCUUCGCUUGGAGAUCUGCCGCUUAAUCAACUCUCUUCGAUUCACGUUGUCGUACGACGAGGCGCUUAAACUCGGAGCCGAGAUGCUUGCCUCCUGUCGCGAAAAGUUGAUAUUCCUACAGUCCUUUGUAGGCUCCUCUAGCCCACAUGCCCCUAACAUCUUCCAAGUCAAGCUAUUCGACACACUCACGCGUCGGUUCUUUCUGUGUCUCCAUCGACCAUUCUAUGUCCGUUCAGCGCACGACCCUAAGUUCUACUACUCUCGGAAAGUAUGCUUGGACGCCUCGCUCAUGAUCGCUAGACCAACAGCGAAUCCCGCCGAAGGUGAUGAGGAAGAUGACUGGGCUCGGCUGACAUAUCGAUGUGUCGGCUUCAUCAAGUCAUGCUUUCUACAUAGCCUCUCUACGAUUUACUUCGAACUCACAUCCCGACUUGAGGACGACCAGGACACUUUACUCACGGCACCUAUCGCUAUUUCGCCUGCCGCCUCGCACCCGCAGGUUCCGUUGGAGUUACAACCUUACUACAAUGCCUUGGUCUUCGCGCGCUUCGCCACGGAAAAGCGCCUUCGCAAUGGUGACGCAAACGGUAAAGGAUAUAUCUGGUUCUGUGCUGCCCUGGCCCGAGUUGAUGCGCUUCUGGCCCGGAAUGACCCUGCUCUCGCCGUCCUAGCUGCUUCUAAAAAAGGGGUACACGAUACCGCCGUUCUAAUGAAGGAGGCUUAUUUCGCAGAGUUUGGGGAAAAUAUUGAUUUCUCGCAGCCGUAUCCGUUUGCGGGAAAGGACCACGGAAGGGGCGAGGGCGCCGAUGAUGUCACGGGUAUCCCGCGAAGUGUGGAGGAACACAACGAGCAUGGUGGCAGUUUUGAAAGGGAUGGAGCUGACUUUACACAAGACAUGGAUUGGGAGAGGUUGAUGCGAGACGAGAGUCUCGACAUCGGGUGGGGGGACGUUGGUGAUCCACAAGGCUGGUUUGGCUGGGGCUGGGAUGCGCCGAUGUAGCAGAGGCCUGCAACAGUUUGGGCACCUUUAACUCUGCAAGAAUGAAUGCCUUGGGCAUUUGAGGCACGGCAUCAUCUCGCCACCGAGCUGGCCUGUUGAGCUUUUUCCUUCAUAGUGGGUGACAAUACAGCUUGGACCUUCUAAUACUCUGGAAUCUCAGGAUAGUCUGUCAGAUAAUGCUUUAAUCACCGUAUAGUGAGUCCGUUCAGGAUAAGGGAUGUGGCAGCCACUGUGGUCGGAAGUCAUGGAUGGCACGCAUGCCUGAAUGGUCGAUGGCUCGCGAUAUGCAGUCAAUACACAUCGUGGCCAGCUCAUGACUCCAGCCUGAUCCCUCAAUCUCGUUCACUACUCCAACUUUUCACUGGUUGCGCUGUUCCACUGGGGAACUAUCCACCAUUGAAAGAGGUGAGAGGCCCAC